UGUAGCGACAGUUUAAGUGUACCUUCAAAAUUGACCAAGAUAAUCGAAACAAGCUGCGAAAAAGAUGAGUGUACGAUCAAUGAAGUGAGCCACUGUAGUUGGCGCCAUGUACGCAUGAACAAUCGCCUGAGACGUGGAGAUACUUGCUCAAUCACACAGUACACUUCCAGCAAUCGUUCCAUCGUGACCAUACACCAGUGAUUAAAAUGUGUAUUGAAGAAACGCGAACCAAUCUAUCGUGCAUUUCAGCACUCUUCGAAGCCAUCUCGAGCAAGGAUGAGACCAUGCUAGCGGAUGCCUUGCGAAUGGCCACCAUCGAAACUGUGCUGUGCUUUGAAUCGACCUACGGAGUUUCACCGUUAAUUUGGUGCGUUCAAACUGGCGACGUGAGUUAUCUUGGAUUGGUGGAAUGUCUGCUGUCCAGCGGAUUGUACGAUUGCCAAAUGGUUGACAGCAAGGGCCGCCCAGUACUAGCCAGCAUAGCCGAGAAGCAUACCGACAAUCCUAAGUUUGUGGAAAAGUUAAUUGAGCUUGAGAUCCAGGGAGUGGAUGAGGUAACCGCAUGCUAUAGAAUAUUAAGACAAAACUCGUUGCAAUUACUUAAGCUUUAUCUAACUAUAAAGAAACUCGACGGAGCAGCAUUGUUUCAAUCACUGGCAAACGCUUUGAUACAGCUAGAGGUAAAAAACUUCCCACUAUCGUCAGAACUUAAAAUAUACGUGCAAUGGAAGCUCGCCGACUAUGGCCAUCGACAUUUAUCGGGUGAUUACAACCCCUCUCCAGGACAAACGACGCACCAUGAGUGGAAGAGCCAUAUCAAAGAGAUAAGUGAUUGUUGGAGCGUUAUAGCCCAAAAAUAUGAUACUGGAGAUUAUGUAGACAUUGACGAUCGUUUAUUGCAACGACUGACAGUAAUCCAUAACCAUCUCUAUUUUCUGCAGUACAAACCAUUCGUUAAGCACCUGCCGAUGAUAGAGCUGAUAUUUUGUCUGGCGAUAUUUCUACGAUCAUUUAAGGUCGAUUCCGUGGUCUAUCGCAUGCUAGUGAAUAAACGGCUUAUAUUACAGUUUUUACGCAUGGUGGUUCCGCAAUUAAAUUAUAUCAAAGGGAGUCUUCUGGAUAUAGAAACGAAGUUAAAGGGUAUAGUACAGGAUCACGAUCAAUCACUUGAAGUUUUAAAAAGGGAUGCAAUAAUUGAAAGUAUUUCCGAGGAACUGGAAACCAUGGCUGUUCCUAACAAGUCCUAUGUCGUAGAUCAAUUCUGUGAAAAGAUGGCAGCCGUUAUAUUUAAAACCGGUACUCUUCUUGACCAACCAUGUGAGAAUGAUCUUAUCGUGGACUUUUUGAAGCAAAUUAAAAAGAGCAACAAACAAUGGGCCCAACAGAAGAUCGACGAAAUAAAUUAUCUCAAACAAGAAAGCAAAGACCGUUUAGUAGCGUUAGUCAAAAGCCGUAUACCUUGCACCACACACCCGGUGAAUGUUGCCGAUCGAUUGAUCAAACUAAUGAAAGGCAAAACAUCGCUGGCGCAGAUCGUGGCCGAUGAAUCUUUUAGCAUGGAACAUCUGAUGAGUAAACAGGAUCGACGUAACGUACGAAGGAUGAUCAAGUGUUACAAUAAAACGAAACAAUACUACUCGCUCACCAAGAUUUACGGUAGUUUAUCCCAGGUGGGCGAAUUAAAUCACGAAAAUGGGACCGUGUUUGUCCCGUGCAUAAAGAGAGCACUUACCGUUUUAGGUGAGACGAUGAAAAACACCAAAAGCACACCCAAUAUGCCGCACGGACGCAUCCGCAACACCGUGGAGAAAUUACUGAUGCCGCAACUUUCGGCAUUUAACAUAUCACAUCGUAAUACGUAUGCAAAGGCAUUUUCACUGAAAAGGCUUUUGAUUGCGGAUAAUUUGGAAGAAAAUAUAUUAAUCAACCUACCACUCUACAUGACCGUCGUGAGGGUAAUGUUGUUACUGUUGAUCGCGGUGCUGGGAGCCGAUAUCAGGCGCUCAUUCUACGGUAUGUUGUAUGAAUGUAAUACUGUACAAGCGUUACGCUCGCUGCUACUAUACGUAGAGAAUGAUGAUGAUUUUGCGAAAAUGCUAAAGGAGUGUUUAAAAGAAGUUAAAAAGUAUUUCGACAACAUAGAGAAGCUACUAAAAGAACUAGAACAUAGCCCCGUUGGACAGAAAGCUCAAUUUGAACACGUCAAGCAACAUUUCACUCAGCAAUAUACUUUGAGCAAAGAGUUGCGAACAAUGCUGGAAACGGAAGAAGCAAUCUCGAAUUUGCGUAAAACGUGCUUUGCCUGCACCGAUAUCAUAACAAUCCGACGUUUGCUUCGUUGGAAGCUUGAAUCACACCAUCCGAACAGAUUGUUGCAAAGAAUGUCCAAAGAAUGGGAUACUUCUACUACAGAAAUUAACUCAAUGGUUAAUCUCGAUACACGAUUAGUGACAAUAAACAUUGCAACCGUGCCAAACAAGCUUAAAAUGAUACAGAUGGCUAUGGACUCGGCUUACUAUUACGGUUGCAUCGAACACACGCGCCAGCUAGCCAAACAAAUUGGAAUAGAUGCGACUGAUGACUCGAAAUACCAGACGCUUAAUACUAAGCUUCGAUCUUACUAUGAUAACAUGUUCUUCCUCGAUAACAAAUGGAAGUCGCUAAAUGAAUUCUGCAAACAGAACCACAUUUUGCUGCCGAGCGAUAAAGUAAACAGUCUGCGUGAGGAAGAUGAGGCCCGUCUGCAGCAGUUGUUUGAAGAGCGACAGAAUAGAUUACGAACAAUCCUCGAAAUAGGGAAUAUACGAGAGGUGGAAGACAUUGCAUGCUGUAUGAAAACUAUCUCCCCCUGCAUUAUUGCUGCGCUCGAGUACAUUCAACUAGAAGUUUGCGAAAUCUUGACCACAGUCGGAUACUUUGGAGAUAAUUUCCACUAUCUAAAGCAUCGCAUACCGAUGAUAAUGGGGAAAAGCUAUCGCAAUCUUCUUGCACACGAUGCCUUGUCCUACGAUAUGCUCAGCGACAGUGGAGAGGAAAAGCUGCUCAUUAAUGCGAUCGUUUUAGCCAACACGAAAAUAACUCUCUUCCCCACAGCCAAUAACAAACCGCAAUGCCGCAAUACCAUUGAACUAAGCUUUCCUACUCCCGAGAACACAUUUCGAUGGGUCGAAAAACAGGAAAAAAUAAUAGAAGUCUUGAAAGCGGACGACUCACAACUGCUGCAAGUGAUGAUGCAGGCCGGUGGAGAAAUAAAAAGCCAUUUCUAUUAUGCACUACAGCCGGAUCAACACCAACCCUCUCAUCUUGAUCUCACGAAGAUUGUUCAUCGCUUUUGCCGUCCUAAUUCAAUUCAAGGACAGAGGCUUGCUGAACUUGGUUGACUCAUACGGUUGCACACCGUUGGGCUGGGCUGCCAAAGUAGGUAAUAUCAAACUUUUGCAUACAAUCAUGGAAUAUAGGCCGGACUUCGAUAAUACAUCAGCAAAUCGGGAUGCCCUUAAAUAUGCACUCAUGGCACAUCACGCACAAUGGGUCAAAUGUUUCAUCGAACUUCUCACCGCGAACGGCAUCCAGGGAAUUACGAAGCUGUUGGAUAUGGAUUUAAUCAUAUUGUCGCUUGAUGUGGACGAUUGGCAACUAUCGGUGGUGCUGCUCGAGUACGAAUUAGGUCAUACUUUAACGAAGCAACCUACGAGAGGUGAUUUAGAUCGUUUUAAUACUAUUAUACAGAGUGCUGGUGAUCUAACGACCAAACUCGAAUCGAAACGAUUCAUUAUGUUGCUGGAAUGUUUAAUCCCGAUAAGGCCUACAACCCCGUAGUACUAUUCUCGCAAGUGUAGCUCCCCAUGUUGUCUCUAACUUUUGGAUGGUUCGCGUUACCGUGCGUUUACAAACACCGUCAAAUAGCAGCGAAUAGUGGAGACAAAAUCGAUGAUAUGAUGUCAUGAAUAUAUUCAAAUUGUUUGCAUUUCAUCGAAUGUCACCGCACCGUACAGAAUGAUUGGAUGCAAGGCUAGGAUAUCGUCUCUCGAAAAAUCGUCUCGCUUACAUAUUGGCGUGAAAUGAUUCAUUCAUUUUGUUUUUGGCUACUUUUUUACUCUUCACGGCGAGAAAAGAGUACGGAUAGAUAUAUACAAGUACUGAGUUAUAAUAAAAAACAAACUAAAACAAAGAA